GUCACUUUUUUUCACAUUUACCUGCCCGCGCGUAGAAAACUUGCUACUAAGUUUUUAAUUCCCGUUUGCUGCCGCACGUGCUUGAUUAUUAAUUCCUGCGCGCUUAAUAGUCGCUUGUCAGCUGUGCAAAUUCCAAAAAACUAAAACAAUUAAGCAGGCUGUUUACGAAUUUGGCGUUACAUAAGAAACGGAUGGCCAAGGGAAAAUAAAAAUAACAACUACGGAGCGAUUAUUUCAUCAGCAACUUCUGGAAACGGCAGAAAAGAAAAAGGCAGGACAUAUAACUAAAACAAAAGUUUAAUUUAUUGGUAACAAACGAGUGAAAAUAUGAGCUGGGCAACAACAAAGCAAAGGCAGAAAUGUUUGAACUGUAGCAGCGGCAGCAACAAAAACAACCGGAGCAGCAGCAGCAACAACAACUGUGCGCCUAGCAACAAGAUAAAUUCGGCGACCGAUUUUCUUUGAUUUGCGCCCAUUUGUUGAAAGCACAAAAAGCCAAAGAGUGUAAAUAAUAGCAAGUAGUUAUAGUACAAUUCACCGUAGCACAAGUGAAUUUCACAUAGGGCAGCGAUAAAGCCCACGAUAGCAAUAAUAAUACAGAAGAAGCGCUUUAGAAAUCAAAAAACGCAAAAUGAAUCCGAUUAAAGCACAAUCAACGGGCAGUCCCAAGAAAUUCAACGUUUUCGCCCAUGUCAAGUACGAACAUAUGGUGGCUGGAGUUUCCGGCGGAGUGGCCUCCACACUAAUUCUCCAUCCCCUGGAUCUGAUCAAAAUUCGCUUUGCAGUGAACGAUGGCCGGACAGCGACGGUGCCACAAUACCGGGGAUUGAGCAGUGCCUUUACCACCAUUUUCCGGCAGGAGGGCUUCCGUGGACUCUACAAGGGCGUAACCCCUAAUGUCUGGGGAUCGGGCUCCUCCUGGGGCCUGUACUUCAUGUUCUAUAACACCAUCAAGACGUUCAUCCAGGGAGGCAACACAACCAUGCCAUUGGGUCCCACGAUGCACAUGCUGGCUGCUGCUGAAUCUGGAGCUCUCACCUUGCUGCUGACCAACCCCAUUUGGGUGGUAAAGACGCGUCUCUGUCUACAGUGCGAUGCCUCGAGCGGUGCCGAAUACAGAGGUAUGAUCCAUGCUCUGGGCCAGAUCUACAAGGAGGAAGGCGUACGGGGUCUAUACCGCGGCUUUGUUCCUGGCAUGCUGGGUGUCUCUCAUGGAUCCAUCCAGUUCAUGACCUACGAGGAGAUGAAGAACGCCUACAACGAGUACCGCAAACUGCCCAUCGAUACGAAACUGGCCACUACCGAGUACUUAGCCUUCGCGGCUGUCUCCAAGCUGAUCGCGGCAGCGGCCACCUAUCCCUAUCAGGUUGUGCGAGCACGUCUGCAGGACCACCACCAUCGCUACAACGGUACCUGGGAUUGCAUCAAGCAGACUUGGAGAUUCGAGGGCUUCAGAGGUUUCUACAAGGGUCUUCAGGCAAGUCUGACCCGUGUGGUGCCUGCUUGCAUGAUCACUUUUCUGGUUUACGAGAACGUAUCGCAUUUCCUGCUGGCAAGGCGAAAGCAGAUUGAGGCUGAAAAGAACGACUCGAACGAGUGAUUCCUCCCUCUCAGCAAACCUUUUAGUUAAGCUAUCUUACCUCAGUACGACAUUACCAUAUGUCUUUAUAGUCAGCGAGCAGUUGCAAACGUGUUGAGCAUGCGCAGCUGCUCUUAGUUUAAGCUCAAUUAGACGUGGUUGUUAAAAAAAAACCUGGCAGCUUUUCUAGUAAGUUAGUGAAUGUUGUUCCUAGUGUGUCUCAGCAGGGGUUUUUGAUUCUGACCGAACCCCACGAGUAUGCUAAAAUUGUAAAUAAAAUAUUAAAGAUACUUUUAAAAUUGUAA